AUGAACAAUCACACUGCAGUGAACACAUUCCUUCUGUGGGGAUUUUCUAGUUUCCCAGAAUUAAAGAAUCUACUCUUUGUGAUGAUCUUAUCCUCCCAUGUGACAAUUCUAUUGGCAAAUGUGUCCAUAAUGGUGGCCAUCAAACUCAGUCAAAACCUUCAUACGCCCAUGUACUUUCUCCUUUUCAGCCUGUCUUUUUCAGAAACUUGUAUUACUAUGGUAGUCAUUCCCCGCAUGUUAAUGGACUUGCUGUCAGGGAGCAAGACCAUUUCUCUUCCUGAGUGUGCCACACAGAUGUUUUUCUUCUGUGGCCUGGCAUCCAACAACUGUUUCAUCAUGGCUGCCAUGUCCUAUGACCGUUACACUGCCAUCCACAACCCGCUGCAUUAUCAUACCCUUAUGACAAGAAAGAUCUGCUGUCAGCUCGUCAUGGCCUCCUCAGUGGUUGGGUUCCUCAUUUCUCUGUGCAUCACCAUCAUGAUAUUCAACUUGUCUUUUUGUGACUCCAGCAACAUACAACAUUUCUUUUGUGACAUUUCACCAGUGGUCCACCUUGCAUGUGAUUACACUUCUUAUCACGAAAUGGUUAUUUUUGUGCUCUCUGCCUUCGUGCUGGUGGGCAGCUUUAUUUUAAUAAUGAUUUCCUACGUCUUCAUUGUGUCCAUAGUUGUGAAGAUGCCUUCUGCAAAGGGGAGGUAUAAGGCCUUCUCCACCUGCUCCUCCCACCUCACUGUGGUGUGUAUACACUAUGGAUUUGCUUGCUUUGUCUAUCUGAGGCCCAAAGGCAGUGCCUCCUUUGGCCAAGACAUGCUGAUGGCUGUGAUAUACACAGUGCUGACCCCUCUGCUUAACCCCAUUGUUUACAGCCUAAGGAACAAAGAGAUGCAGAUAGCUCUAAGGAAAGUACUAGAAAGUAUAUUUAAAUUUUUCUCUCAAGUAACUCAUAGAAAAGCCUUGGAUAUUUAA